AUGACUAUUGGGCAAUAUGCAGCUAAAUUCGAGGAACUGGCUCAAUUUCAUCCCUCGUACCGCGAUGCUACAAAUGAAAACUCCAAAUGUAUUAAGUUUGAAAACGGAUUGAGGCCAGACAUCAAAGCUGCCAUUGGGUACCAGCAGAUUCGAAUUUUUUAUACGUUGGUAGACAAAUGCCGCAUAUUCGAGAAUGACGACAAACAGAGAAAGGAGUACCUUAAAACCCACGGCCCUCAGAAGAACUUUCGAGGAGGAAUUGAUAAAAAGAAACCAUUCCAGAAAGCCUUUCGAUUGCAAAGUUCUUCUUCUAGUGAGAAAAACAAAAUCCUGAGAUACCAGCCGCAAAAUCCUCCCCGAUGUUAUAAUUGUGGAGGAAACCAUUACCGGUAUGAAUGUCCUCACACCCAAGCCGUAUGUUACCGGUGCAAACAGCCAGGGCAUGUAAGUAUAAAUUGCCCAAAUCCUAAAGUGGAGUCUUCCAACAAUGAACGUGGAGGAGCUGGCAAUCGCAACAACAACAAUAACAACAAAGGGAAGAAGGAGAACAACAAGGCGCCUGCCCGAGGACGCGUCUUCACUCUGACUGGAGCAGACCUAGAACCAACCGAAGAUCUGAUUCAAGGUACAUGUUUUAUGAAUGGCAUUCCUUUAGUUGUUUUGUAUGAUUCUGGUGCUACCCAUUCUUUCAUUGCUGUUGAUCUCAUGAAACGAUUGCGUUUGGCUACGCAAUCCUUAGUUCGUAAACUCAUAGUAUCAACCCCUACUGGAGAUACUGUGAGUACUACCUUCCUUUGUAAAGACUGUCCACUUGUAAUUCAGGACAGAAAUUUUGUGGUAAGCCUUGUUUGCUUACCACUGUCUCAAAUCGACAUAAUCAUGGGAAUGGAUUGGCUUUCGGCCAAUCAUGUCCUUCUGGAUUACCAUCGUAAAAUUAUAAUCUUCGGAUCAGAUCCCCCACAUGAUGGCAGAUUUAUUUCUGCUAACAACGUUAACACCUCGGUAAAGCAAGGCGAACAAGUCUAUAUGCUAUUGUGCUCACUGGAAGGAGAGGCGGAACAUCCGACGCAGCGCAUACCUGUUGUGGAGGAGUUUCCGGAUGUAUUCCCUGAUGACAUUCCCGGAUUACCUCCAGAGAGGGAAGUAGAGUUCGCUAUUGACUUGAUUCCUGGUACAGGGCCGAUAUCCAUAACACCCUAUAGGAUGUCCCUCUAG